CUGGCUUUGAGACAGUCCGGCUCCCCUUCCACAAGGUGAAGCACAAGCACUGCGGCACUUUCCUACGGGACAUACUUCGUACUUCUUCAUAAAUACCCACUCCUUCCCGAUCACCAUCGCCGGAGUAGUCAUGAGGUAUGAUACCUCCGUCGCUGUGCAUGCUACUAUGAAGCUAGUGCCCUGGAUAAACAAAAGACGACAUGACAUCUACAUGCAUCUCCUCAGCAUCUGCCAGCGAACCAUCGCUGCUGCUGCUGCUGUGCGCCGUUGGCGCGACCACCACCAGCACCGGCCGACGACAAGAACCCCUCAUCGAUCGCGGAAAAUCUAAAGUGCUGGCAGGCUGGCAGGUCUGGCACCUGUCCAACUCGACUGUCCGGUGUCCCUGCAUGAAGCCAGUCCAGUCAAACGUGUCUGUCGAGUUUGUCGAGUUGAACUCGUCGGGAAGCCCGAGUAAUUCCCGCACAUUAUUCCCUCGAAGACUCCCCGAAGCUUUUCCUGCCGACGACGGCCAUGCCGCCGAUGGAUCGAACGCACCGGACACCGAAAUCGAGCUCAGCUCGAAAAUCACCUCCACUGAUUCUUCGGUGACGGGCUUUUGA